CAAUGGCUUCGAGCAGCCACCACCACCACCACCGACUUUUUGUACACCACCGCUCCCACCGAAAGUCCUGACAGGGUCGCCGCCUGCAACCACCUUGUGGGUACGAUCGUUCAACUUCUCAAAUGUGUACACACACAUAUCAUCCAGAGAAAACUCAUUUCAUUCGCUACCACUAACUCUGUUUUACAUUUCUGUUGUGAUUUGUUGUUUUCUGAUCUUACCCACAACUAUUUUUGUUGUGGGUUACGAUUGUUCACCUUCUCAAAUGUGUAUAUAAAAUAUACACACACGCAUACAUAUCAUCCAGAGAAAGCACUUUUGCUUCAGUAUCACUAACUCUGUUUCAUACAUAUCAUCUUAGCCACAACAUUUUUGUUUUUCACACACUCAAAAACUUGUACUCCUGAGAAAGCUCUUUUAAUUCAUCGGUGAUUGUUUGAAUAAAUAUUGCAUUGUGUUUAAAAUUUGUUCAAUUUUUGUGUUCACUGUUUAGAGGGUGUUUAUGUUAAGAACCCUCAUCAUUUUUUAGGCCCGAUAGAGGGGUUUGAGGCUAAAGCAGUGGAGGAGGGUUUAUAUGUGAGAGUGGACAUGCCUGUGGUUGAGGAAGAGGACGUGGAGGUAUCGCUUGAGAACGACACCGUUUUCGGCAAAGGUGAAGCCCGGAAAGAAUGGGAGGAAGAAAUCUACAUCAGGUUAUACUGUGGGAGCAUAGAUCUUCUCCCCCAAUCUGGGAAGAACGCUGGUAUUCUUCAAAAGGAUAUGAAGAAUGGUGUCUUAACAAUGGUCUUGGAUGCUUGGGGCUUCCGCCCAAACUUCUCCUCCACGACGAUCACCAAAUUUUCCAAUGACAAUCUUGAAUUCCCUGCUGGUUGGAGUUGCAUCCGGGACCAUCUUAUCUGUGAUAAGGAAUUUCUGCUUCUUAGCCCUUCUGGUCUGAUUUCUAGUUUGUUCUUUGUUUUAGCUCAUAGUUUUUGUGUGUAUAAUCCAAAUGUUUUUGUUGUUUUUGUUUUUUAUACAGAUAAAUACAUAUGCUAUUAUCCAUUCCAAGAGGGGGAAUUAAUGGAGCCUAUGAGGCGAGGAUUGUGGACGGUGACAAUCUCUUCUUAAGGGAAGACAUGCGCGGUGUCAGCCUGCAAGGACUGAACCUUAAGUUUAACAACAGAGCAGUGUUUUUUGCUCGUGACAGUGAUGAAGCUGGGCGUGAUGAAAGGAGGAGGUAUUUUGGCCGCUUCCAUCUUAAUUGCGAUUGCUGCAAGAUCACUGAUAUCAAAACUGAAACGAAAGCAGGAGUGCUUCGGAUGUUGGCCAGAAAAGAACAAUUUAAGAGUUCUGCUAUCUGCUGAUGAUGUGCAGCAGUGAUUACACUCGGGUACACAUUUUGAUUUGGUAUGCAUAGUUGCAUCAUUUGCUUUAUGGUUGUGCCAUCAUUUGCUUUUUGGUGCUUGGUUCUUUUAAGUUGUUGCUACUUGGGACCAUAGAAAAGUGAAUAGUCUAUUUGAUUUGGGUAAUAUGUGGUCCUUAUUAUCAUUUUAUGAAUUAGGAUAUGCAAAUGAUGUGUAAAGUGGAAAAUAAUUUGUGCAUUGACAGCAUACAUUAAGGUUCCAUGUUUAAUGAUCAAAUUCAG